AUGGUCAUCCCGGUGGCAUAUGUGACGAGUCGAAAGGGCGACGAACCGGAACCUACGGCGACUCGUCGUCCAAAUCGAGGCAGUAACAAUACUACAAGCAAAGCGCCGGAACAGAGCGAGCUGGCUAAAUACUACGCUGCGGAUUCCGUAUUCAACCCUCUGGUAUCCCUCAACUCGACCGACGUACAGCAAGGUGGUAAUGGAAGCGCUGUUUCGACCUAUGUCAAUGGAGACAUUCUCGAAUUCACCUACAUCAACGAGUUCGGCGGGACCUUCUUCCACGACCCGACCAAUCCCUUUAGCAAGGGCGGUCAGGCUCAGAGCUGGUCGCCUGCUAUUGGAGAACCAUGGGUAUGGGGACAGGAUCUCGUCCGCGGGGUCAACUUGGGCGGAUGGCUCGUUUUAGAGCCCUUUAUUUGUCCCUCGAUGUUCCAGGGCCAAUGGGCAGGAACGCUGAAUGAGCGAGAGCUUGCGAUGCGUGAGCAUUACGAAACGUUCAUCACCGAGCAAGACUUUGCCGAGAUCGCUGGGGCUGGUCUCAAUUACGUCCGAAUCCCUCUCGGAUUUUGGGCUGUCAGUACACUCGAAUCGGAGCCUUUCUUGGAGGGCGUUUCGUGGCAUUACUUCGUGAGGGCUGUCGGGUGGGCUCGAAAGUACGGUAUUCGCGUCUUGCUAGACCUUCAUGCGCUGCCCGGCAGUCAGAACAAGUGGAAUCACGCAAUGUCGAGCGGAGCCGUCAACUGGCUAUACGGCGUGAUGGGAAUGGCCAACGCUCAACGUAGCUUGGAAGUCGUUCGAACGGUGACCGAAUUUGCUAGUCAGGAAGAAUACAAGGAUGUCAUCACCAUGGUCAGCCUGGUCAACGAGGUCGUAUCCGCAGAUAUUGGUCCCAACGUUCUUCGAUCCUACUACUACGAAGCGUACAAUAUGAUACGUCGUAUUACCGGUAUCGGCGAAACCAAGGGACCCAUUGUAGCCAUACAUGAAGGCUUCGAAGGUAUCGCACCCUUCAACGACUUCAUGCCCGGCGCCGAUAGACUGGCCCUAGACCAACACCCUUACCGAGCGUUCAUCGAUCCUGCCGGGAUGGACAUACCUUGGGAACAGCAGUAUCAAGUGGUUUGUGGUUGGGGUGGCGGGACGAACGAGACCCGGAACUCUCAUGGUAUCGUCAUCGGUGGCGAAUUCUCUGCGGCCAUCAAUGACUGCGGGAUGUGGUUGACUGGGGUUGGAGGAUCGGCCACGUACGAAACGACCGGCAAGACUUGCACAGCAUGGAACGACUGGCGGUCCUGGUCACCCGAACUCAAGGCGAACAUCAGCAAUUUCGUUCUCGCCGAGAUGGAUGCUCUACAGGAAUGGAUGUUCUGGACCUGGAAGAUCGGGACGCCUCAAUCGCAGUCUUGGCCGUCCUCGCCGUUCUGGCAUUACAAACUAGGCAGAGAGCAAGGGUGGAUCCCGAGGGAUCCUCGAGCGCAUGUCGGAUUCUGUGCCAGUGUCAAUGUUGGAGGUGACAAGUUCACGGGCGAGUUCCCCAGCAGCGCCGUAGGCAAGGUAAGAGGCGAUGGGGUCAUCGCUACAGCAAGCAUUGCCAACUACUCAGCCUGGCCGCCUCAAUCCCUUGGCCCGUCACCGAGCUACGAUGCCGCCCAAGUCGCUUUACUACCAACAUUCACCCAGACGGGUGAGCCGAUCACCCUUGCUCAACCCAGCCAACUUGCCGGCGUGGCAGUAGGUAGCGGAUGGGCGAACGCAGCAGAUUCGGAGCGCGCUUGGGUACCUGUCGCGGGUUGCCCUUAUCCGGAUUCUUUCAACGCGACGGCUACAUCCUUGUUACCUACCGCUGUGUGUACCGGACAGCCGGUGAGGAGGAGCAAACUGGCAAGCUGGCCUGAGCCUACGCCUCGUCCCUAG